UUGCCUAAAACUCUGGCCUUUGUACCUGAACUUCACUUUGCCGCAGGGAGGCACUGAAUUGAGAAACUGCCUUGCAACAGAUCGCGCCCCACUGCCUACUCCCUUUCUUAUACCAAGAGGGGAAAAACACGGAACUACCUCUACCCAAUCUGGUCACCUUACGCCUAUUAUCUUUACUGUUACAAGUAUCGAGUCAUCAUCCGGGAGAAGAUGCUGCCCUGGCCUUAUUGUAAAAGCAUCACUUACAAGGAGCAGGAGGACUUGACACUCCGCCCCCGCUGCUGCCUUCAGUGCUCCUGAGUCCUUGGUAGGUCUCCAGGUGGGCAGCAGCACCAAGCAGGGUGAACAGAACCAGCUCAAAGAACUAUACUCGGCUGGUAAGCUGACAGUGCUGACUAGUGACCCCCUGCUCCACCAGGACCCGGUACAGUUAGACUUCCACUUCCGCCUCACACCCCACACCUCUGCCCAUUGGCACGGACUUCUCUGUGACCACCGGCUUUUCCUGGAUAUUCCCUAUCGGGCCUUGGACCGAGGCAACAGGGAAAGUUUAACUGCAACACUGGAGUAUGUGGAAGAAAAGACCAAUGUGGACUCCGUGUUUGUGAACUUCCAGAGUAACCGGAAUGACAAAGGUGCCCUGCUAAGGGCCUUCAGCUACAUGGGCUUUGAGGUGGUCAGACCAGAUCACCCUGCUCUCCCUCCCUGGAACAAUGUCAUCUUCAUGGUGUAUCCCCUUGAAAGGGACUUUGACCAUCUGCCCAAUGAGCCUCCCUGAACAUGCUUAUUCCCACUCUGGGCGCCUUGAUAAAUGGAACCACAGGCCCAGGAUGUGACCCAGAACAUCCUCCAUCCUAGGAAUAAAGGGUAGUGCAAUC